CAGUUGCAGAGGAAGCCUGUUUUGUUUAGAGGAGUCCAGACUGCCAAUGGCUGCAAAAAAUCACGGGAAUGGUAUGGCCCUCAAGGAAGUGUGCAGAAGAGAAGAAAAUGCCUUAUGUGCUGACUGUGGGAAACCUGACACAGUGGUCAUUCAGGAAUAGUCCUCUCUGUCAAGAACCAAUCCUCCAACCCCUGACCCCACUUCUCUUCCACUCAGAUCCUGACUGGGCCUCCUACACUUUGGGGGUCUUCAUCUGCUUAGACUGUUCAAGGAUCCAUUGCAAUAUCCCCAGUGUCAGCAAAGUUAAGUCGCUCAGGAUGGACCGCUGGGAUGAUGCACAGGUGCAGUUUUUGACCCAACACGGGAAUGCAGUGGCCAAAGCCACAUAUGAAGCCCAUGUUCCUAUUUAUUAUUACCAUCCAGUGCACACUGACUGCCAACUCCUAAGAGAACAAUGGAUACAAGCCAAAUACCAACGAAAGGAAUUCAUGGAGCCAGGAAAGCAACUGCCAUUUUCCAACGGUCUAAAAGAAGGGAUCCUGUGGAAAAGAGGCAGAGACAAUGGGCAGUAUUUUCCACGGAGGUUCCUCUUGUCUGAGAGAGAGGGGUGUCUCAAGUAUUUCACCAAACAGGAUGCCAAAGAACCAAAAGUAAUGAUUAAAGUUGACACUAUCAAUGCCACAUUCCAGCCAGAGAAGAUUGGGCACUCCAAUGGCCUGCAGAUCACCUAUCUGAAAGAUAACAAGACUCGCAACAUCUUCCUCUACCAUGAGGAUGGAAAGGAAAUAGUGGAUUGGUUCAAUGCAAUCCGUGCAGUGCUGUUCCACUAUCUGAAGGUGGCCUUUCCUGUUGCCAGUGAUAAAGAGCUCAAGAGUCGGCUGACACGGAGCUUCUUGAAAGAAGGCUACAUGGAGAAGACUGGUCCCAGGCAAAAGGAACCCUUCAAGAAACGCUGGUUUACAUUGGACCAUCGCAGACUCAUGUACUUCAAGGAUCCUUUGGAUGCUUUUGCUAAAGGUGAAGUAUUUGUGGGCAGUGGAGAGAAUGGGUACAGUGUCAAGCAAGGGUUACCGGCAGGGGUGCAGGGAAGCUUUACCUGGCCAUACGUCAUCACCAUUGUCACCCCUGACCGUAAUUACCUUUUUACCUGUGAGACGGAGCAAGAUCAGCAAGAGUGGGUUGCAGCCUUCAGCCAUGUUAUAGAGCAGCCCAUGACACCUCAGGAGUAUGCAACUGAAGCUUAUUUCAAGCUCAAGCCCUGAUGUUCAGAAAGAGAGAACUUGACAGCUAAACUCCUUGACUUCCUUUCUUCAGGAAGUGUGGUGGGAAUGAGACAAGUCCUCCACCUAAUAAGCUGCUAUACGGUACUUCAAUGUCUCAUGAUGAGGAGUAUGCUUCUUUAAAUGUAUGAACCACGUCGCAUCAAAAUAGACUGUAUUUCCCUUUUAAACAUUCUUCUUUGUUGAGGGAUGCAUUCAUAUGAAUUACAACUAGCCCCAACCCUUACUGUUCAGGAACGUUUGCUUCAAAUUCACAUUAGAUGAUUCUGCCAGCUACUCAGACUUUGGCCUGGUAAAGGAUUCAAGGAUGGCAGGCAAAGGGAUUGAACUAGAUUUGCUGAUGCAGGACAAUGUGCUGCCACACCACGGGCCUGGUAGACUUGCUUCCUAUUGGCCAAUGUAUAUAGGUGCCGUCCUGAAUGGCUCCUUACUGGUUGCUGCUGAUUGGCUGCUGAGUACUA